GGCUUGGCAUCGUUCCUUCAUCUCUCCUCUCAUGUUUAAUCGUUAUGUUCUCCAGCAUCAGUUUCUUUUCCAAAUCGUUCGUCGGCUUUGAAGGUUGAACGGUCCACAUCAUGCUCAACGUUAUGUAUACGUCUCACUAGGCCGUCGGUCGGCCGUUAUUCGGUGGAAUAGGAGUAUGUCGGUCUUUGUCCAAUUAACAGUUUCCCGUGAGUUCCAUCACACUUGAAUGUGUGGAAAGAGAACUCGAAAAGGCUUUUCUUUGAACCACUUCAUUAUGCAACUUGAGGGGUUCCACGAUGUUAAUCAAGGCGUAUGUUGUCGAACAUAUGCAAUCAAUUUCCGGAUGGGACACAUGACACAUGUGCGUAUCAUGUUUCAGAUUAUCGCCCGAUGAAAUGUCGACCAUGGAGGAACCGGUCUCUUUCCAACGUCGCCCCCGACGAGCUCCCUAAUCCAUUGCCAAUUUACGUUAAUAGCAGGACGUUCUUCUUGCGUUCUGGCUUGCGAAGGCUAUCGACUCGAUUUGGGCCAUAUCUCGCCAGUUUAGGCAGAUUACAUACGCAAAUAUUUUGAACCAAUAGACCUUCCUGAUUUGGAAAGCCAAGGACAACCAUGCAUUUUGCAGGCACCAGACCGGAACUCUGGCUGAAAGCCACACUCUCGCCCCCUCCCCGACGGGCAUAAUUUACCGUAUCUUCCCUCUAAUCGCCUUUAUUCCGGCCAUCUUAGCCCUGGUCGUCUUUUAUUUCUCUCCCCACGUUCUUCCCGCUUUGAGUCUGUCUGUCAACUAUGGUCGUCCGGACGUCCUAUCCCUUUCUGGCUGCGUCCUUUUACUUGAGCUUGGCACCAGCCGUCCACUCUUUCGCCAGCUACGCAAAUGAUUUUGUUGACCCGAGCAAAAUUCUGUCCAAGACUUUCCCUCCUACUACUAUAGACUCACAACAGGCUAUCGUUUCUUGGGCGAACGAAUUGGCUACCAUAGGUCCAUGGAGUGUCGUUCAGAAAUCCUACACGCCACCGACUGGGAACAAACAUGACUAUGCGAGCUUCGCACCAUAUUGGUGGCCGGAUUGUUCAAAAGUUGGAAACACCACAGCUUUGACAGAUGAACAAAUUUGGACCACUUGUCCCUACGUCGUAAAGGAUGGCGAGUUCAACCCGGAUGUCCGCGUUCUAGUCAACGAUAUUGGUUCUUUCGGAGAGUUGUCCGAUGCUGUUCUCUACAGUGCUCUUGCCUGGGCGAUUAAUGGCUCAUCUUCCUAUGCUUCUGCUGUCAACAAUUGGGUCAAAAUUUGGUUCGUGGACCCCAAUUCAACAAUGAAUCCAAACUUGGAUUACGCGCAAAUGCAACGUGGUCCGAAUGGGCAGAAGGGCACGCAUACUGGUGUCUUGGACUUGAAGAGUAUGGUGAAGAUCGUCAGCGGUGUUCUCAUCCUUCGAGAUGGCAAGGCGGCCGAAUGGACAAGCGAUGUUGACGACGGCUUGGUAUCCUGGGCGAAGGCAUACAUCCCUUGGCUGGAAACCGCUACCAUCGCUAUCGAAGAGCGAAAUUCCACUAACAACCACGGCUCUUUCUAUUUCAAUCAGCUCGCUGCUUUACAGAUUCUUGUCGGCGACAAGGAUGGAGCAAAGAAGACCAUAGACGACUACUUUAAUGGUAUUUAUUUAGGUCAGGUAACCGCAGACGGUAACCAGCCCCUCGAGAGUGCGCGGACACGCCCAUACCACUACAGAGCUUAUAAUCUUGCGGCAAUGAUUACCAAUGCUCGACUGGGCUCAUACGUCGGCUACAACGCCUGGAACACCACAACCACUAAAGGUGGUACUAUUCAAUCGGCUGUGGACUACGCCAUGGCUCACUUUGCCGACGAAGCUGCUUCAGAACUGUACCCCGUCGUCGGAGCUGUUGCAUCUACAUAUGGAGACCCGGACGGCAAGUACGCCAACUUCCUACUUAAGAAUGCCGGCCAGAGCUACCCUUCGGAUGCGAGUUUUCUGUGGAACCAACCGUUGUCUGACAGCGGGUUGGUUGAUACGAGUAAGGCCAACAACAAUAGCGGGUCAGGGAACCCGACUGGUUCGAACUCACAAGCAGCGAAUGCUGCACUGCUGGCUGCGCCAGGAGUUUCGUGGACGACUUGGAUGUUAUGGUACCUUUCGUGUACUGUUGUGAUGGCGUUCUCUGUUUUGGACUUUUGAACACUCGGACUAUAAUGUACUUUCCUUGUUGUGUUUUUAUAUCCUACAUUACUAACGGUUGAAUGGAAUACCUGUGAUAUCUUUGUGAAUCUUUUUCGAUAAUAGUUGUGGACAUAUCGCCAAAACUUCAGUUCAAGUUCCAGCAAAUAAGUUACACAAAAAGGA